CUCUCUCUAUUUAAUUGCACCAACCGUCGUCACCAAACGCUGCAGAAUAACCCCCCCUUCCUUCUCUCUCUCUCUCUUUCUCCAAGGCGUGAUCUUUCACAUCAUUCGUUGAAGAAACCACCGAAUUUUCUACUCUUUUAUGUUAGAUUUUCUUUCUGAUUUCUUGCUCCUUCGGCUCGGCAGAGGGCGAAGAUCUCCCCCGAGUCGUCUUCGAGCUCUGUGUCAGUCGGCGAUCCCCUCCCGAUUAUAAAAACCCAGUCUUGAGGCCGAAAGCGUGGUGUUUCUUGAUCCUCAAGUGACGAGAAGUCCGAAGUCCCAUCUGUUCCUUAGGUUUGUUUGGUCGUUUGAGGGCAACCCAGAAGCGCAAGUUUUCAUCUUGGCUUGAAAGAUGAUCUGUUCGGCGAGACAGUCCUUAAGCCCUGUUCAUGGGUCCGAGGUUUUGCUCAGCCAAAAACGCGUCUUUCCCUCGAGCAGAUCCUCCCUCCUACCGCCCCUGCGGACCCAGAAGUCCUCCCGCGCCGUCGUCUCGCUCUCUAGGCCCCUUCACAUAGUAGCGUCCGUCGAGUCCUUCGGACCGUCGCCGAGGAGGGAAGGGAAGGACUUGAUAAAAUGCGAGGCCUACGAGGCGGACCAGUCGAAGCCGAUCGAGGCGGGGGCCGGAUCGGAGGCAGCGAAGAAGGUCAAGAUCGGGAUUUACUUCGCGACAUGGUGGGCUCUGAAUGUGGUGUUCAAUAUCUACAACAAGAAGGUGCUGAAUGCUUACCCCUACCCUUGGUUGACCUCCACGCUCUCCCUUGCAUGUGGGUCUCUCAUGAUGUUGGUCUCCUGGGUCACGAGGAUCGCCGAGGCUCCGAAGACUGAUUUCGAGUUCUGGAAGACUUUGUUUCCUGUUGCUCUGGCACAUACAAUUGGGCAUGUCGCAGCAACUGUGAGCAUGUCGAAGGUUGCAGUGUCGUUCACCCACAUCAUCAAGAGUGGCGAACCUGCGUUUAGUGUGUUGGUCUCAAGGUUCCUCUUGGGCGAAACAUUUCCAGUGCCUGUUUAUUUGUCCCUCCUGCCAAUUAUUGGUGGUUGCGCCCUCGCUGCCGUGACUGAGCUCAACUUUAACAUGAUUGGUUUCAUGGGGGCUAUGAUAUCAAAUUUAGCCUUUGUCUUCCGAAACAUAUUUUCAAAGAAAGGCAUGAGCAAGUCUGUUAGUGGAAUGAAUUACUAUGCAUGCCUGUCGAUGCUGUCUCUCGUAAUUCUCACUCCAUUUGCCAUUGCUGUGGAGGGACCACAGAUGUGGGCAGCAGGUUGGCAGAAAGCCCUCUCAGACAUUGGACCCCAUUUUGUCUGGUGGGUGGUGGCACAAAGCGUGUUCUACCAUCUCUACAACCAGGUUUCAUACAUGUCCUUGGACGAGAUCUCGCCCUUGACAUUUAGCAUCGGUAACACCAUGAAACGUAUAUCUGUGAUUGUCUCCUCCAUCAUCAUCUUCCACACCCCUGUUCAGCCCGUCAACGCUCUUGGGGCUGCUAUCGCCAUCUUCGGAACCUUCCUGUAUUCACAGGCGAAGCAGUAAGCUGGCAUCGAGCGCCGGACUCGGGUUCGACGAGAUCGAUGAUGGGUCGCUUGAAGUUUAGGUGUAGCCGGUUUUCGGGAGCCACUGGAUUUGGGCGUCAAGAAGCUGGAUGGCCAGUGGUGUUUAUGUAUAGUACAAUAAGAAGAACCAACAAAACACAUAAAAAACAACUGUGAGAGUUUUAAUGUUAUACGAGGGGGAUUCAUGAGGGACUUUGUUGUUUUCUUCGCUUUUUUGGUCUUUUAUAUUUAAUCCUUUUUUUUUUUUGGUUUUAUUAAAAUGCUUUGUGGGAGAGAUUUCCAAGAAUAACAGGCGACUUUGUAAGGGGGUGGGAAGAACGGGGACCCUUUUUGAACAAUGGGCAAUUACGUCGCCUUUGCGCAUUCCUUUGUAUCUUUAAUAAUUCGGAUGUUGCCGACAGCA